ACAAGAACAUAGUUAACAGAAAACGCUCGCGAGUUAAACACUAAACGACAUCCGAAAUUUUCGGAUAAAAUUCAGAGUCCGGGAAAAUUAUCUCGGAUUAAUAGUAGUCGACACAUUACAAAUAUGAGACAAGAAAUUACUACGACAGUGAUGGAAAUGAAAAUAGAUAACUACGACACGGAGGGAUUAUCCUCUACGAAAAAAAUACCGACGAAGUCAACAGACGAAUUUACGAUGACGCGUGUGACGUCAGAUCUUAGAUUAACUGAAAGUGUGACGUCAGUCGUCAUGGACAGUUCAAAUUUGACGUCAAAUGACUGUUUAGUUGAACAUCACAUGGCAUCCUUGCCGCCGGCUGUGGACAAUAUAAACGAACGAGUGACAUCAGAGGAUAAGUACACGGACGGGAUUGAGCUAUCAAAUGCAUGCCGGGAAUAUUACCACAACCGGCAACGCGAGGCGGCAGCCGUAAAAGAGAGACUGGCGUCAGGAAAAGGGAAGUCGCAGAAGAGCAGUAUGGAUGUUGCCAUGGACACUCUUCGGAAGGAAAUGUCGAGCCUGAUGGAAGUUGACCUGGGCCUGAUGAGGCAGCUGCUCACCCUAAACGAGGCUAUCGAGGAUCUCAAGAGCCAGCGCGACUUCCGGUCCGCAUCCCUCGCAUCCUCACGUGACCUGAGCGGCUCCGAGUGUUCCGUCUCCGACACCGACAUGUACGGAUCGCUUGAUGACGUCACUGAUGACGUAUUUUACAAAACCGGAAACACCUGUGUGACGCAGGGAAAUUCGACGCAUGUGUACAGAAAGCGUGGAUGUUAUGAGGAACAGAAUUCUUUUGAUUCUGGGACCUUCGAAACAUAUUGAAAAAGUGAAUGAAAAUACACUUCUCAUGCAUUCAAAUCGAUUCCAUGGACAUUAUGGACCAUAAAACAACAACGGUAGUGGGAACAAUUAUAAUAUAUUGUUUUAAUAUUGUUUUAAUACCAUGGAAGAAAAAAAUCAUAGGAUUUUGUUCAAAGCCAUGUCAUCUUUAUAUGCGAUAAGCCAAACUAACAUAUGUAUAAGUCAUUAACUUGGCACCUUAAAGUUUAAGACAAAGUUAAUUGCGUGUAGGCUAUUACUUAUUUAUCUGAAUGAAUUGAUUAAAUUAAUUCAAAUUCACAAAUACAACGGUCUUACCAUGCAUGUGAUGGGAAAUGGUCGGGCAUGAUUCCAGCCUAUAAAUCGACGAUGCACAAUAUCUUGUGCGGAUAUCAGAUCAUGACAACUUCGCGACUCAGUGGAGGCAUACAUCCCACAAUGGAAUCAUUGUCUGACUAAGCCUAUCAUUGCUUAAUCAUAGACGGGUUUCAAACAAUUUGUUUAAUCCUAGUGGCUGUGACAAACAGAUUUUUAAAAACCAGAUCUCUUGGACAGUUUUAAACAUACAGAAAGUUUUUAUACAUAUCUCACGAACAGCUUUGAAGUUUAAACGUAUUUGGCUCUCAUGGGAAGUUUUUCAACCAUUUGGCUCUCGCGAACAGCUUUUAAGUGCCAACAUAUUGGCUCUCACGGAAAGGGUUUCAGUGAUUUGGGUCUCACGGUCAUCUUUUCAGUUUUAAUUCAUUGGCUCGCAAUGAAAGUUUCAGUCAUUUGGGUCUCGCGGACAGCUUUUAAGUUUUAACAUAUUGGCUCUAAACCAGUUGUCUCUUGUGGACAGCUUUUAACAUAUUGGCUCUAUCGCGCAGUCACAGUCACCGACUAUUGUUUAAGAUUGGCAUACUGGCUCUUACGGACAGUUUCAAACAUCAUUGCUAUCAUUCUAUCACACAGAUAGUUUUCAACAAUUAUUUAGAUUUAAAGCAGACCACGUUGUUAUAUCCAGUCAAAUUGUAAACCAUGAAGCUUGGUUAGCAUUAGCACUAGGUUAAGCAUUACUACAACAUUUUGGAUGGAUCAUUCGGGGGAUUUCAUUCCUUACUUUAAAUACCUUAGCUAUGUAUAAACAUCACAAAUGGCAAUACAUCGUGUGUGUUUUAAUUUCCUCAUUUUCGUGUUCAUUUUCAAUGAUGGCUAAAGUUUAGUUCACUCAAAUGGUAUUUGUGAAGCAAUACAAUGAAACUAUGACACUAAGAUAAUUACACCCUACGACUAAAAUCGAUUAAUUGAAACAACGCACAACUUUUCGUGAUAUCAUCAGUGUAGUCAACAUUUAACAUACUAGAAAGAAAAAACUUAUCCAACGUUGUAUGUAUAAACUGUUGAACAUGUUAAACUUGUUGAAGUAAACAUGCCAAGGAUAUAGGAGAUAUAAUAUGGCCAUGUGCCAACAGUAACAAUGUUAUUCAAAGAGUUUUACUCAGAACAAUUUUUCGUUGCAUACAUUUCCUUGUUCCCUUGCAUACCUGUUUCUUUACGUAGCAUACUCAUUUUUUCCGUUGCAUCCAUUUUUUCGUUCUUUUGCAUACAUAUUUCGUUUCGUAGCAUACACACAUUAUCACUUGCAUACAUACUCAGUUCAGUUGCAUACAUGCUUUGUUCUGUUGCAUACAUACUGUUUUGUUGCAUACACGCUUUGUUCUGUUGUAUACAUUCUUUUUUCUGUUGCAUACGUAUUGUUCUGUUGAAUACAUAUUGUUCUAUUUCAUGCAUAUUCUUGUUUUGCAUACACACUUUGUUCUGUUGCAUACGUAUUGUUCCGUUGCAUACAUACUUUGUUCUGUGGCAUACAUAUUGUUCCGUUGAAUACAUAUUGUUAUGUUGCAUACAUAUUAUUUUGUUGCAUACAUGUUGUUCUGUUGUAUACACACUUUGUUCUGUUACAUACAUACCUUGUCUUGUUGCAUACAAAUUGUUUUGUUGCAUACACACUUACAUGUGUUGCAUACAUAUCUUCUGCUGCAUACAUGUUGUCCUGUUGUAUACACACUUUGUUCUGUUGCAUACAUACCUUGUCCUGUUGCAUACAAAUUGUUUUGUUGCAUACACACUUACAUGUGUUGCAUACAUAUCUUCUGCUGCAUACAUGUUGUCCUGUUGUAUAAACACUUCGGUCUGUUGCAUACAGACCAUGUUCUGUUGCAUACAUAUUGUAUUGUUGCAUACACACCUAGAUAUGUUGCAUACAUAUCUUCUGUAGCAUACAUAUUGUCCUGUUGCAUUACACACUUCGUUUAGUUGCAUACAUUGCUACAUUUAUUUCGCUUUCGUCUCAUGACACUUGUUCAUGAUAGUUCAUGGUUUAAGUGUUUUGUCAUGGCAUAUGAAAGGAGAAAACGGUUAUCCAGGAGGAAAUUAAUGUGAAGGAAAAGAAAAUAACAUAUAUUGUUUAAUUAAUACAUAUUUAUAUUAUUAUAUGUUAACUUUAUUGAAUGGCAUCCCUUAAACCAAUGUUUACAAACCAUAUUGGUUUUGUGAAAGUUGGAUGCCUUAUAAAACAAUCAAUCAAUCAAUCAAUCGAUAAUAUGCUUAUUGUUCAGAAUUUUGUUAAAGUUAACAACGUUGUUAACGUGUUUAUUGUAAACUUUCAAAUCUUUACUAAUCUGAAAGUUAUGAUCUGCAGUGUUCGUCACAACAUUUGAGAAAACUGUUAGAACUGUACUCCUUUUAUUUGACUGUAUUAAUACACCAUCAAAUAGUUCACAUUUAAAAAUAAGUUAACAAUGAUGCAGUUAAUCAUGUUGUUGCAACAUUGUUGCCAAAUUACAUUGUUUAUGUAUAAGAAGUUUUAAAGCAACAUAAUUGUAGGUGAAUUUAACAUUUUGUGUUUUUUCUUUCUUCUUAAUUUGUGUUUAUCUGGUCCCAAUUUCUCUAAAAAAAAAAUAAUAACACUUAAUUAUGUGAUUUUAAAUAGCCAAGACAUUUAAAUUGAUUUUACGAAACAAAACUAGUUUAUUAAGAAUUUCUUUUUAUUUUUCGUGUUUUUCCUUUCAGAUUUAUACCACAAACAAAACGUGUGCUUAGCUCGAUUCUUUUGUAAAGGGUUUGAGAUUAUUGAGGAAUUGGGGCCAGCUAGGUCAGAUUUGUUUACUACUGAUUUAUUUUCUAAUUAUCAACUCAUUACUUUCACCUUAUAAGUAAUUUAAAACACCUACAUGAUAAACAAAUUGAAAGUUAAAUACUGUAAUAAUAUAUUUCGAAAUCUUAGCUCAGCUAUGACAGCAGAACUGAGUUCAACUCUGGGUUUAUUCAAUUAGGGUGUUUUUGUUGGUACCAAACUUGUUUCAGUUUCGGUUUCAAUGGUUUCGACGGUUUACAAAAAAGUUUUGAUUGAAGAAACCAAUGUGUGGUUUUGUGUACAGCUUCAACAACAUGAUGGAGCUUCUGUAUGUAGCCACUAUUCCUAAAUUUCUUCAAAACAAUGAAACAGCAGAUGGUCGUUUGCCUGUCUAAACUAAAUGGUGUUUCAACACAUGUCCGCCAUGUUUUAUUUUUCAAAGUGAGCUAGAUUUUUUCGGAUGGAACAAACCGACGAAAAAUAAAACUAGAGUUUUCGUUUUAUUAAAACUGUCACAACAAAUACACAGUAAGUGAAACGAAUAUAAAACCAAAACUAGUUUAUUAUCAACAAAAACGCCCUGUAAAUUAUGGCAAAAGGAGAAGUCGUACCUAUACAAACUCGUCACAUGUCAAAGUCGCCCCAUAUAUACAUUUAUAGUAUAUAGCAGAGUGUCCUGUAUACAGUUAAGCUGUGAAUAACAAGAAUGGCUAUUGGCGAGUGAAUAAAGGCAUUGUUAGUAAACUUGACAUCAUUCUAAAACAAAAUAUGUUGUCAACAAAAUUAUAUCAAUUUCUGAUCAACAUCAUUCAGUUUUCCAUCAUGUAUAAUGAUAUAAAUAUUAAGUAUUAUCAUUGAAUGUUGUUUCAAAGGAUAUAUCAUUAAGACGUAUUGCUAUAUAAAUACCGCAAGUAUGGAACGACAUUUCCGUAUCUGAUACGAAUUCCUAGUGAUACGAGUUAGUAUUGGCACGACUUUCCUUGUGGUACGAGUUCAUAAUGGUACGAACAAAAGUGGUACGAGUUCUUAUUGGUACGACUUCCACGUGAUACGAGGUCGUAUUGGUACGAUUUCCAAGUGGUACGAGUUCGUAUUGGUACGACUUCCUAAUGGUACAAGUUCGUAUUGGUACGACUUCCUAGUGGUUCGAGUUCGUAUUGGUACGACUUCCUAGUGGUACGAGUUCGUAUUGGUACGACUUCUCUUUAUCUAAAUUAUUAUGUAUUGGUAUUUGUAUAUCAACAUAUUUUGCAAAAAGAAAUUUUGAGUUUAUACGAUGCUUGGUACCAUAAUAUAAUAAAUACUGAUAAAUAAAAUCAUGAACAUUAUUUUGUUAUAUAUUUCAGUCCCAAUCAGAUUAAAUGUUAAAUAUUA